AUGGAGAGUGAAGGAACGGAACAACAACUGGAUAAUAGAAAGAGUCGGAAAACUGUAUAUAAUCCGUCACCAGCUUAUUUCAAAAAUGGGAAAACGGUUACUGAAUUGCUUCGCUUAUCACCAGUAACUGUGUUUUUUCUUGGUUUCGUACCACCAGUGGCUGGUGCUUUUGCUGCUAUAAUCAUUGCUUUAAUUUUUCACAAUGAACAAAUUAGCAACUACAAUUGGCAAUGCGGGAGAGCAAGAUUGCCGUCACUUUCACGAAUAAUAAAUUUACCAUUGGAACGAUUAUUUUGGCAAUUUUUGAUGCUUAUACAAACACCGGCUCGAUUCAUUGAAUUAUUCACCGGCUUUUUCCGAUUUGGACGUUUAAUGAAUGUGAAUUGCCGACAUAAACGAUUUUACGAAUUUGCUCGAUAUAUAUAUUUCUAUUCUGGCACUGCAGAAUUAUUCUUUAUGAUUGGUUUAUCACUCCUUGGUGAACGUGAGAAUAUUCAGGUCCAUGUUAUACUUUUCUACAUAUUUGGAUUUUGUGGCAUCAUCUUUUUCAUAGCAAAUCUUAUUUGUCAUCGGCAUUCGUUGUAUUUCCUUCAUCCAUACGGCCGUCUAUCAUAUUAUUUGAAACUUACUUUCUGCACUAUUUAUUUAUUGUCUGUUCCCAUUUUGCUAACAUCUUUCUUAUUGUAUUGGAAAAUCUGUGUUACAGCUGCGUAUGAUGUAUUUGCGAUAUGUGAAUAUGUUGGAGUAUUCUUGAAUAUUGCUUACCAUGGUUGUGCAUUUUAUGAUAUUCGAUAUAAAGCGAUAUUUAGUGUUCGCCUUGUCGAAGUAACACAAUUUUUAGAAAACCAUCCGAAAAGAAUUAUGUGA